AUGUCAUUUCAGACAGCACUUUCACGAGGCUCCAUAACGUUUUUCAAGCGUUUCACUCGCCCUUAUGCUGACUUAGCUUAUAGCAGUUCAAAUCAGAAAUCAAAUGCAAAAGUUCCCGAAAAUUCAGGCGAAAUUAGCGGAAAAGUUAUCGGAAAAAAGGAUGUAGAAAAGGGAGAACGAACAAAUGGCAAAGAACAAAAGCAGUUUCUGAGUUACGUAAAUUCUCCAGAACACUGGACAAAGCAACACCCUAUUCCGGAUCCUACAUUUGAAAUCAUUUCUCCAGGAACUUUGGGCGCAUUACUCUUGGUUAAAAUUCCACCAAGGUCAGAAAUAUUUGCAAUGCCUGGGUCUACCGUUGCCGUAUCAAGUAAAGUUCAAGUGGAACGUACUACCAAUGGAAAUAUUAUUAUUGCAAUUGGUAGAAAGCUUGCUGGUGGUUCCUUAAUUUAUCAUAAAUUUACGACCGGCUCGCAUCCUGGUGACAUUUUAUUGGGUCCAACCAAUUUGUCUGAUAUUGCUGUCAUUCAUAUGGAUGGUGCGUCAAAAUACUACGUUCGGAACGGGGCGUUUCUCGCGAAGGGCCCACGAGUCACGGUUCACGUAAGCCGUGUAUAUGGCAUGGGUGCAUUGAAUGCUUUUGCAAAUUGUGUCACUGGGAGAGGUACACUAGCAAUUUCAAAUUAUGGGGCUAUCCAUCGAUUAAUAUUGAAUCAUGGCGAUGCUUAUUUGGUGAAUGCAAAAAACCUAAUUGCUUGGAAUUCGCAAACAAAUCCUAUUGUAGCUUCGUCAUUAAUUUCCCCAUCAUCAAUUGCGAGAAAUAAACUAAUAAAAAAUAUGAGAGAGAGACUUUCAAAGAUGUCAUCAUCUUUUUUAGACACAUACCGUAAUAGCCCUUCCGUAAAACCCACUUUAGACAAUAUAAGAAGAAUAUCAGUAAAAACUAGGAAAUGGGUAUUUGGUGGACCUGAAUUUUUACAAUUGUCUGGACCCGGAGAUUUUUACUUGUCUACCCGUAUUGAACCUAUUCUUGGCGGCUUAAAAUUAUUUACAUCACCUUCUAUAGAAGAAAUUGUUGCCGCGAAUCCUGAACCGUCCUCAACCAAUUCUUUUAGUCAACAAUACCCACCUUAUAUACCCACAAUGUCCUACGCCAUAGUUUCAGAAAAAGGCGAGGAACAUAAAGGAACAUCAGACACUUUAAGCAAUCCCUCUCCUUCACCAGAAAAAGACAAUAGGACAACAUUGGGAAAGUUUAUUUCUGGAAAUGUUAAGGAGGUGGGAUUUGCUAUAAUAGUGUAG